CAGCUCUGCUCCCAGGCCGGCAAUUUCGCCAACGCCGAAGUGUUGUCAAUUUUGACAGCCAGCGUUUUGUUCUUUUCCUUCGUGGUUUUCGACUGACAAGAUGGCUCCAACUGCCAAGACCAACAAGGGUGAUACUAAGGCCGCUGCUGCCAAGCCGGCUGAGAAGAAGGCCGCUCCUGCCGCCGCUAAGGGCAAGGUUGAGAAGCCCAAGGCUGAGGCUGCCAAGCCCGCCGCCGCUGCCGCCAAGAACGUGAAGAAGGCCCCAGAGGCCGCUAAGGAUGUGAAGGCUGCUGCUGCCGCCGCCGCCAAGGCUGCGCCCGCUAAGGCCGCUGCUGCCGCCAAGGCUGCUCCCGCUAAGGAGGCCGCCAAGAAGGCACCCGCUGCCGCUGCAGCUGCCAAGAAGGCGGCCCCAGCCAAGGCUGCUGCUCCCGCUGCAGCCAAGGCUGCGCCCGUCAAGAAGGCUGCUUCCACUGCCGCGGCUGCUCCCCCAGCCAAGAAGGCAACCCCUGCCAAGGCAGCUGCCCCAGUUGCAGUCGCCGCUGCUGCUGCUGCAGUGCCAGCAGCCGCUGCCGUCGCUCCUGCUGCUGCCAAGCCUGCCGCUCCCAAGCCCAAGGCAAAGGCAGCACCGGCUCCCAGCAAGGUGGCGAAGAAGAACGUGCUCCGCGGCAAGGGCCAGAAGAAGAAGAAGGUCUCUCUGCGCUUCACUAUCGACUGCACCAACAUCGCUGAGGACAGCAUCAUGGAUGUGGCCGACUUCGAGAAAUACGUUAAGGCUCGCCUUAAGGUCAACGGCAAGGUUAACAAUCUAGGCAAUAAUGUCACCUUUGAGCGCUCCAAGUUGAAGCUGCACGUUAGCUCCGAUGUGCACUUCUCCAAGGCCUACCUCAAGUACCUGACCAAGCGGUACUUGAAGAAGAACAGCCUGCGCGACUGGAUCCGCGUUGUGGCCAACGAGAAGGAUUCGUACGAGCUGCGCUACUUCAGAAUCAGCUCCAACGAUGACGAGGACGAUGAUGCGGAGUAAAGAUGAU